AUGGGCCUCGAUGGGGCCAAGGCGUUAAUGGUUUUUAUUCUUUACGCGUUGAGGCUUCAACAGAAGGCUCAAGCGGACAUCAAAGUGGGUAACGCCAUCAACGUGUUCAAUCGUUAUGGAUACUUUAGCAUAAGUAUGAGAGUGGUCCCCAGAAAUGACACCGAUCAUUCGUGGAUAUUCAGAGAACCCACGGUCGACGUGUUUACGAAUCUGCCGGAAAAGCAAAGCCUCAAAAGAAGCAUCGGAGGUGGUGGAGGUCAAGUCUUCCAAGGGGAUUUCCACAUGGAAUUCUGUGAUAACGUAAAACAAUUAAUGCAAGCCUACUUUAGAGAUUUUUCCGUGGAGAGACUGGACAAGCCGUGGCAGGCGUUUACGGGCAGCUGGUCGAAAUUUACGUUGGCCAGAAAUUUAGGUUUAGACGUGUCUUAUGUAACCGGCGAUCAUUGUUAUGUUCUCGUCAGGGUGGCUAGGCAUAGGGAGACUGCCGAUUUGGAAAUGGAUAUGGAGAGCACCGACCUUCACGAGCCAGUGGCCAAACAGGUGGCCUCUGUUAAUGUCGGCGAUAGUUUGUCGGUCAUUGAAUUCGUCCGGAGUUUUGGAUCUCAUUACGUGACGUCAUAUGUCACAGGCAAUUCUCUCUAUCAGGUGUAUGUAUAUGCCCCAAACGCUUACAAAGUAAUUAAAGAACGCUUAAAAACAAAAGGCGUGUCGCAGAUCUCUAAUCAAGAGUUGAUCGGAUACUUCUCACCGUGGUACGCAGAACAUGUGGGUAAAAUACAAUCAGCUAGUGGCAAUGCAACUGUUGAAAAUUGGGCACACCAAAGACUAAGAGUGAAAUUUUUUGUCUUUGGGUUCGCUUCCUUACUGAAAUUGCAUGGAGACACGAAAUUGUUAAGUGAAUUGAAUGGAAUGUUAGGCAACGAAGCAUUACUCAAGCUUGAAUUAAAAACCUUGGCGCCGGCGUUUAAGGACGUUCAAAAACGAGCUUGGUUCCAUGAAGUAAUGGAUAAUAAUUUAAAACUAUGGGAAGUUAAUAUGUAA